AUGGUCGAUGGUACAAAGCUCCCAUGGGAAGAUGUUAUGCCAGACGUCUACAGAGCGCCGGAAAUCAUUCUCCGGAUGCCAUGGGACCAGAAUAUUGAUAUAUGGAGCAUAGGCAUGGUGUGUUGGGAUCUUGUUGCGCGCAAAACUCUUUUUCGCGCAAGGAAUGAAGAACUGCUUCUUGAUGAUGCUCUCCACCUUGCAGAAAUGAUUGCUAUUAUGGGCCCUCCUCCAAAAAAUUCCUGA